GAUUCUCAGCCUGGGAGAAGUCUGUUGCAGUCUGUUGCUGUUGGUUGCUUAGUGCUGGUGUCUGUUUAGUGUGUGCAACUGUUUGUCUGUUUAGUAACUGAAAAAAUGGCUGAAAGCUUAAGAACGUCGAAAGAUAACAACAAUGAAAAACACAGAAAGAGACAAAAAAGCAGAGAAAAGGGUGAAAUGGGUGAUUCUAAAUCUGUCGAAGAAGGUGUAGAGUCUGUACCAGAAUGUGCUGUUUGCUUGCAAACGUGUGUUCACCCAGCGAAACUCCCCUGCAGCCAUAUAUUUUGCUUCCUUUGCUUGAAAGGACUAGCAACACAAAGUCGACGAUGUGCAAUGUGUCGCCAAGACAUCCCAUUAGAUUAUCUUGAUCACCCACAAUUACUUGAGGUACCAACCCAGGCUGAGAAAGAAGCAUUAGAGGAUGGAUAUCAGUGGUUCUAUGAAGGACGCAGUGGAUGGUGGCAAUAUGACGAACGCACAAGCCGAGAGCUUGAAUUGGCAUUCAAAAAUGGACAAAGAACUUGCGAGCUGUUGAUUGUUGGACAACUUUACAUAGCUGACUUCGAUGCAAUGCUUCAACUUCGGCGAAAUGACAUGUCACGCCGUCGAAGAAUUAAGCGUGAUCUUGCUAGUAUACCAAAGAAGGGUGUUGCUGGAUUGCGUUUGGAGGGUGGAACCACUACAGACAAUGCUGAAGUUGCGGCAGUUCCUUCAACUAGCCAGCUCCCUCAGAGAAGAGAAUCUGAUCUCACUCAGUCGCUAGAAAUGUACAAUGAACAAAGACAACAUGCAGUAGACCUACCCAGUAGCAGUUAUAGAAAUGUAGAGGAAUUAGAUUAUUCAGAGGAGGUUGAUAGUGGUGAAAUCCAUCAAGACAGUUUAGAAGAGAGACAAAUACAGGAGCAAAUUGAACAAAACUCUGGUGAUGAUUCUGAUUCUGAGCAAACUGAGUUAGCAUCUCAGUUAAAUGAUCUUUGGCUGAACCAGUGAAGUCUACAGAGAAGAAUAUUUGAUUUUUAGCUUGUGAUAAAAUUCCUGUUUCUGUUGUAUUUUUACUUGUUUAAUUUUGUUGAUUUCCAUGUACUUCUGUAUUUACUAAACUAUUUUUUCAGUAUUGCUUGUAUCUUGCUCUUAUUUGAAAUUGUUCAUCUAGGUUGUUAGUUUUUGUGUAAGAAGUUAUUGCCUUUUCUCAUGGGUGUGUACAUAUAACUUGUUACCUAAUGUUUAUUUAUAAAGGUAUUUUCAAAUGUCUUUCUAUUACUGUUGUCGAAUUCGAAUUACUAAAAUCUGUAUUUCUCACAUUCCUUCUCAUUUUUUUUUUUUCUUGAUCAGUACUAUUGAGGAAGCUGAGUAAGAAAGCUUGGUGCCACAAAUAUUGCUUUGAUCUUAUUAGUUGUUAUUUUCCUCUUUUAUCAAUCAAGUUUGUACAAAGUUAUGACUUCAUCAAUGUUGUUAAAUUUUGCCCCUUUCAGUAUGAGGCAGCAGGAGGUAUUCUCCUCUUUCUUUUUUAAGAAGAAAGAUUAAAGCGUGAUCACUUUGUCGUCAUAUGGCACUGAAUUUCCAAUUUCGUGGUUGUCUAGUUGAUAUCAGUUUGUUGGACUGGCCAAAUUGUAUGUAUAGAAUACUUUUUGUGGUUUCUCCAUUAAUGUUGACUCUUAUACUUUAAGUUUGUAAACAAUUGUGUUUGUUUUGAAAUAAUACAGAAAAAAACAACAACAA